AUGGACAAACUCAACCAUCGCACGAUAGUUCGGUCAAACACCGGGCGAAGCAUAGGGCUUGAAGCUACCAUGACAGCAAUGCCUGAUUGGAGUACUCCACUUAUUGAUGCAGAAGCAAAGCCUCGAGUGAUGUUGACGAAGUCUGCGGUAAGGGUGUAG